CUCGGCCGGGUCCCACUGCUGCCACCGCCUGUACCUGGGGGUCCCCAAGGCCACCGGACCCUCCCCAGACGUGGGUGUGCCGGGCGGGGAAGGAGCCCAUCGGCACCCGGUCUUCUCCAGGCGUGACAGUAGUGGUGGGAAGGAGACCGACGCCAGCCGCUUCUCGCCGCCGGCGGCUGCGCCGUGGGGCCCCAUCGCCACCAGCUCCUCCCCAGACGUGGUGGUUCUUGGCGGGGAAAGACCCCCCUUGCUGUAGGAGCCUCCCCAGAAGUGGUCGAAGACUCAUCUCCAUCAGCUCCUCCUCACCAGAAGUCAUCCCACCAGGGCCUCACCUCCGUCAGCUCCUCACCGGACGUGGUCCCACCAAGGCCUCACCUCCAUUGGAACCUCCCAAGAAGCGGUUGCACUGCAGGACUUCAUUUUCUGCCUCUCCUCCCCAGGAGUGGUCCUACCAGGACCCAUCUCCACUGGCUCCUCCCCAGAAGUAGUUGCACUGCAAGACCUCAUCUUCUGCUGCUCCUUCCCAGAAGUGGUCCCACCAGAACCUCAUCUCCAUCGACUCCUCCCCAGAAGUGGUCCCACCUGGACCCAUCUCCAUUGGUUCCUCCCUCGUCACCAUCCCACCGGCACUCCAUCGCCAUAGUCUCCCCCAGUCAGCAGGCGCCAUGGAGGCAUGGCGGCAGUGUGCCCACUGGCUGGUGGCGGCACGGGUGCUUCCCGCAGGGCAUCGGGCGAGCAGCCCCGCGGGGCAGGUGUGGGACCUGGCGCAGGCGCUGCGGGACGGGGUGCUGCUCUGCCACCUCCUCAACGCCCUGCUGCCCCGCGCCGUGCCCCCCCGCGACAUCUGUCCCCGUCCCCAGAUGUCACAGUUCCUGUGCCUGAGGAACAUCCGCACCUUCCUGACCGCCUGCGCCGACAAGUUUGGGCUCCCGAAGCACCGGCUCUUCGGCGCUUUUGACCUCUUUGACGUCCAAGACUUCGGCAAGGUGAUUGACACCCUCUCAACGCUCUCCUGGACCCCCAUCGCCCAGAGCAAAGGCUUCACGCCCUUCCCUACCGAGGACUGCAUUGGGGAUGAUGACAUCUACAGCGGCCUCUCUGACCUCAUCGACGACACGGCAGAGGAGGACGAUGACCUCUACGACUGCGUCGAAGCCGAAGGGGACGACGGAGACGACAUCUACGAGGACCUGAUGCGGGUGGAGCCCCCCCAGGCUAUGAAGGUGGAGGUGGACCGGAGGCUCUGCUGCCUCCAGGAGUUGAGACAGACGGAGGAGAGGUACACCGAGACCCUCGAGUCCAUCUGCCAGGUGGACUUGGGUAGUUUCCAUCCCUGCAGGUUCCUGCUCUAUGGCCGCUACUGCAGCCAGGUGGAAGCAGCCGCCCGGCGCCUUGACCAGCUUGCAACCAACACUGACCUCCGCAUGAAGUUGCAGGAGUGCUCCCAACGAGCCAACAACGGGCGCUUCUCCCUACGGGACCUCCUGAUGGUGCCGAUGCAGCGGGUGCUCAAGUACCACCUCCUGCUCCAGGUCUGCUCACCGGGCAUACGCCUGGGACUGGUGUCUCCCCAGGACCUGGCGCAGUGCGUGAACGAGGUCAAACGGGACAACGAGACCCUGAAACAGCUCACGAGUGUCCAGCUCUGCCUCCACAACAUGCCGCAGUCCCUGGCACAGUUCGGACGCCCCAAAAUCGACGGAGAGCUGAAGGUCUCCAGCACCGAGCGGCGCUCCAAGGUGGACAGGUACGGCUUCCUCCUGGACAAGGCCCUGAUCAUCUGUAAGCGCCGUGGGGACUCUUACGAGGCCAAAGACAUUGUGGACCUGCAAAGCCACCAACUGCGGGAUGGUGACCUCGGCCCCCGUGAUGGCAAGAAGUGGACCCACACCUUCCUGCUCAUCGACACGGCCGGGCUGCAGGGCUACGAGCUCUUCUUCAAGACCCGUGAGCUGAAGAAAAAGUGGCUGGAGCAGUUUGAGAUGGCCCUCUCCAACAUCUUCCCUGAGCAUGCCCUGGCUGAUGGGCAUGACUUCCAUAUGUUCUCCUUUGAGGACACCACAUCCUGCAGGGCCUGCCAGAUGUUGCUGAGGGGCACAUUCUACCAAGGCUACCGUUGCAGCCGGUGCCGGGCCCCCGCACACAAGGAGUGUCUGGGGCGGCUGGGAACCUGCGGCAGGGCUGGCGCCGAUCCAGGCUCUGGGACAAGGAAGAACAAGUCACAGCGGUCGGGCACUGAGAAGAAGAGGGGAGACCUGGGGUUGCCCAAGAUGGAGGCGAGCCAGCACUACAGCGGUGUCCCCCCACCGCCGGGGGCCCUGGGUCCUGCCCUACGUCUCAGCCCUGGGGACGUUGUGGAGGUCACCGUGGCCGAGGCUGAGCAGCUCUGGUGGCAGGGCAGGAACGUGGCCAACGGUGACCUGGGCUGGUUCCCUUGCGCCGCUGUGAGACCCUUCAUCUGCGUGCCACUGCCAGAUCUCUCCGUCUACCCCUGGUACGCUGGUCCCAUGGAGCGGGGGGAAGCCGAGCAGCUCCUGAUGCCUCGCUCUGACGGCGCCUUCCUGGUGCGACAGCGGGUGAAGGACGCCGGUGAAUUCGCCAUCAGCAUCAAGUACCGCGGGGAGGUAAAGCACAUCAAGGUGAUGACAGCAGAGGGGCUCUACCGCGUCACUGAGAAGAAGGCGUUCAAGGGGCUGGUGGAGCUGGUGGAGUUCUACCAGCACAGCUCGCUCAAGGAUUGCUUCAAAACCCUUGACACGGCACUUGUGGUGCCCUUCAAGGAGCCCGAGAGCCGGGCUGGUCCCCGGCCACCUGGAGCUGUGCGCAGCUUUGGUUCUGCCAAAGCCCGCUAUGAUUUCUGCGCCCGGGACCGAACGGAGCUGACACUGCGGGAGGGUGACAUCAUCCGUGUCCUAAGCAAGAAGGGCCACCCAGGCUGGUGGAAAGGAGAGAUUUACGGGCGGGUUGGAUGGUUCCCCGCAAACUACGUGGAGGAAGAUUACUCGGAGUAUUGCUGA